CCGCGCCGCAUCCGCGGAGGGAGGGGCGGGGCGGGCUCGGGUGUCAGCGACCAAGCCGCAGGUGGCGGCGAGCGCGGGGCUUGGCCCGAGCUCAGGAGAUGGGGAAACUGAGGCACAGAGCUGGACAGUGACUCAGACACCAGGAGCCGCCUGGAGUGGAGCUGAGAGCUCAGGUCUCGGCUCAGCCAGUCCAGAGUGCAAAUCUACUGUCCCUUCCUAGCUGUGUGAUCUUGGCAAGUGGCUUCCCCUCUUGGGGAGGGGAGGGCUCAGUUUUCCCAUCUGUGAAGUGGAUCAGAGCUUUCCUGUCAAGGCACUGGACGGGGCCUGCAGGGGUCUCCACAGAGACCAUCAGGAUGUCGUAUUUUGGGGAGCAUUUUUGGGGCGAGAAAAAUCAUGGCUUUGAGGUCCUGUACCACAGCGUGAAGCAGGGGCCCAUCUCCACCAAGGAGCUGGCGGACUUCAUCCGGGAGAGGGCCACCAUCGAGGAGACCUACUCGAAGGCGAUGGCAAAACUCUCCAAGCUGGCCAGCAACGGGACCCCCAUGGGGACCUUCGCCCCGCUUUGGGAGGUCUUCCGCGUCUCCUCGGACAAGCUGGCGCUGUGCCACCUGGAACUGACACGGAAAUUACAGGAUCUCAUCAAGGACGUCCUACGCUACGGCGAGGAACAGCUCAAGACCCACAAGAAGUGCAAGGAGGAAGUGGUGGGCACCUUGGAUGCUGUGCAGGUACUCUCGGGCGUCAGCCAGCUCCUACCCAAGUCCCGCGAGAACUACCUGAACCGUUGCAUGGACCAGGAGCGGCUGCGGAGGGAGAGUACCAGCCAGAAGGAGAUGGACAAGGCAGAGACUAAAACCAAGAAGGCAGCAGAGAGCCUGCGGCGCUCAGUGGAAAAAUACAACUCAGCCCGAGCUGACUUUGAGCAGAAGAUGCUGGACUCAGCCCUGCGCUUCCAAGCCAUGGAGGAGACACACCUGAGGCACAUGAAGGCACUGCUGGGCUCCUAUGCUCACUCGGUGGAGGACACGCACGUGCAGAUUGGGCAGGUGCAUGAGGAAUUUAAGCAGAACAUCGAGAACAUCAGCGUGGAGAUGCUACUCAGGAAGUUUGCAGAGAGUAAGGGCACAGGCCGGGAGAAGCCAGGACCUCUGGACUUCGAGGCAUACAGUGCGGCUGCCCUGCAGGAAGCGAUGAAACGUUUGCGGGGAUCCAAGGCCUUUCGCCUUCCGGGACUAAGCCGGCGGGAGCGGGAGCCAGAGCCACCUGCAGCUGUAGAUUUCCUGGAGCCCGAUUCAGGGACAUGUCCAGAGGUGGAUGAAGAAGGUUUCACUGUCCGGCCUGAUGUGACCCAGAACAGCACGGCCGAGCCCUCCCGUUUCUCGUCCAGCGACUCUGACUUCGACGAUGAAGAGCCCCGCAAGUUCUACGUGCACAUCAAGCCCGCCCCGGCCCGGGCUCCAGCCUGCAGCCCCGAGGCAGCAGCGGCACAGCUCAGGGCCACUGCGGGCAGCCUCAUCCUUCCUCCUGGCCCAGGGGGCACCAUGAAACGCCAUUCUUCACGGGACGCUGCUGGGAAACCCCAGAGACCUCGGUCUGCCCCCAGAACCAGCAGCUGUGCAGAGAGAUUGCAGUCAGAGGAGCAGAUGUCCAAGAACCUCUUUGGGCCGCCCCUGGAGUCAGCCUUUGACCACGAAGAUUUUACAGGCUCUAGCAGCCUGGGCUUCACCUCCAGCCCCUCCCCUUUCUCCUCGUCGCCCGAAAACGUGGAGGAUUCCGGCCUGGACUCUCCGUCCCACGCGGCACCUGGCCCCUCCCCAGAUUCCUGGGUCCCCCGCCCAGGCACCCCGCAGAGCCCGCCCAGCUGUAGGGCGCCACCCCCAGAGGCCAGGGGUAUCCGGGCACCGCCUCUGCCAGACUCGCCGCAGCCCCUCGCCCCGUCUCCAGGCCCCUGGGGGCUGGAGGCCUUGGCCGGAGGAGACCUGAUGCCUGCACCUGCUGACCCCACAGCCAGGGAGGGCCUGGCAGCCCCACCCAGGAGACUUCGCUCUAGGAAGGUGUCCUGCCCUCUCACACGUAGCAACGGGGACCUGUCUCGUUCCCUGAGCCCCUCCCCACUGGGCUCUUCAGCCCCCAGCACUGCCUUGGAACGGCCCAGCUUCUUAUCCCAGACAGGACACGGAGUCUCCCGGGGUCCGAGCCCUGUGGUCCUGGGCUCCCAGGAUGCCCUGCCCAUAGCCACAGCCUUCACAGAGUAUGUCCACGCCUACUUCCGUGGCCACAGCCCCAGCUGCCUGGCUCGAGUAACUGGGGAGCUGACCAUGACCUUCCCUGCUGGCAUCGUGCGUGUGUUCAGCGGGACCCCACCCCCACCUGUCCUCAGCUUCCGGCUUGUACACACAACCCCUAUUGAGCACUUCCAGCCCAACGCCGAUCUGCUCUUCAGUGACCCCUCCCAGAGUGACCCUGAGACCAAAGACUUCUGGCUCAACAUGGCAGCUCUGACCGAGGCCCUGCAGCGCCAGGCAGAGCAGAACCCCACCGCCUCCUACUACAACGUGGUGCUGCUGCGAUACCAGUUCUCCCGCCCGGGUCCCCAGUCUGUGCCUCUGCAGCUCAGUGCCCACUGGCAGUGUGGGGCCACCCUCACCCAGGUCUCAGUGGAGUACGGCUACCGGCCUGGUGCCACGGCUGUGCCCACACCACUCACGAACGUCCAGAUCCUGCUGCCUGUGGGGGAGCCUGUGACCAACGUCCGCCUGCAGCCGGCUGCCACCUGGAACCUGGAGGAGAAGCGGCUCACUUGGAGGCUUCCAGAUGUGUCCGAGGCAGGGGGCUCUGGCCGCCUCUCUGCCAGCUGGGAGCCGCUCUCAGGGCCCAGCACACCCAGCCCCGUGGCCGCACAGUUCACCAGCGAGGGGGCCACUCUGUCGGGCGUGGACUUGGAACUGGUGGGCAGCGGUUACCGCAUGUCGCUGGUGAAGAGGAGGUUUGCCACAGGGAUGUACCUGGUGAGCUGCUGAACCUGCAAAUGCUGCCGCCCCAACUCUACACUGCGCCCUGGUGCUGGCUGACCGCUCCCUGCCCUCCUGCCGGACCCUGGGGCCUCCCACCCCAGCCUCCCUGAGGCCCAGACUCCACGGAGAGGAGCACCAUGCCCAGCCUGGCUGAGCCCGAGAUUCGCUCCUCCCCCUCAUGCCAACCCCACACAGGUCCUGGCCUUUUAACAUUCUUUGAAUAAACACUUUAUUUUCUAAUAAAAUAAAAAACGAAACCUU